GCUCGACAGCAAGCGGCAGGGAGGAGCACAGGAGAAGAAGUUCACGCAACUUCAGAGCCAGGGCGGGGAGAAAUGUGCUGAUUUCUUGAAGCGGUACGCCGCCGAGUGCAAGUCCAAGGGCCGCGGCUUCUCUCGGGGCAGCUUCGACUACUGCCGAUUCGAUCGCAUCUACAAGCGCCCCCAGGUGAGCCAGAAGGGCACGAAGGGCGUGUUCAUGACGAAGUGGCGCUACAUCGAGCACUUCAAGGCAGAGCACGGGCUCAGCGAGAUGGAG